UGUCAUUUCAGCAAGGUAACCGUAAAAGCGGCGUACGUUUGUUUAAUACCGAGCGCGCGCAUCGGUCGAUUUGGCAGUGCGACGUGUGCUUGAAUGUGUGUGUGUGUGUGAGUGUUGAAGAGUGAGAAAUAAUUUAAAUUAAAGCAUAAUUCUUUGACUGUUGCUGUUGCCAGAUUGCCGGCCUUACGAACUCUGGAAUUUAGCAGAAGCUUAAGACCAUAGACAUCAAUUUAGUAACAUUCCUGCGUUUACAAACCCCAAAAAGUAACAACAAGCAAUAUGGAUAUACUUUUGCACGAUGCCUACGCCUGGUACAGAGACCUCAUGGACAAUAAGAGUGACCCGCGUGUCAAUGACUUCUUCUUGCUGUCAUCGCCACUGCCCACGCUCGGAAUGUGUGUGUUCUACGCCUACUUUAGUAAAUUCCUGGGACCAAAACUGAUGGCCAAGCGAAAGCCAAUGGACUUGCGCAAGGUGCUAGUCUAUUACAAUGCGAUACAGACAAUCUUUAGCGCGUGGAUUUUUUAUGAGUAUUUGAUGAGCGGUUGGUGGGGUCACUACAGCUUUAAAUGCCAACCGGUAGACUUUAGCAACAGCCCCUUGGCCAUGCGCAUGGUGAACAUUUGCUGGUGGUAUUACAUAUCGAAGUUUACAGAGUUCUUUGACACGCUCUUCUUCAUUUUGCGUAAGAAGAAUGAGCACGUAUCAACGCUUCAUGUCAUCCACCAUGGCUGUAUGCCCUUCUCGGUGUGGAUGGGCUUGAAGUUUGCGCCAGGUGGUCACAGCACUUUCUUCGCACUGCUCAACUCAUUUGUACAUAUUGUAAUGUAUUUCUACUAUAUGAUUGCCGCCAUGGGUCCAAAGUAUCAGAAGUACAUCUGGUGGAAGAAAUACCUGACCACCUUCCAGAUGGUGCAAUUUGUGGCCAUCUUCACGCAUCAGUUCCAGUUGCUGUUCCGCGACUGCGACUAUCCAAAAGGUUUCAUGGUCUGGAUUGGUCUGCAUGGCGUUAUGUUCCUAUUUUUGUUCUCCGAUUUCUACAAAGCCAAAUAUCUGAAUGCGCAGCGUCGCCGUCGGCAGGCAGUAAAGGCGAACGGGCAUUCCAACGGACUCCAGUCCAAUGGCACAUCAAAGCACUUGGGUUCAGGCGACGCCCCGCUAGCCAAUGGCGGCAACAAAGGCGCUUGUAUGCCAGUUUUGGAUGAUGAAUACGUCAACAGCAAUGGCAAUGGCAAUGCCAAUGCCAAAGUCUUCGAGGACGCCGCCUUCUUCAAGGAGGGUGGUUUCUCCACGAACGAUGCCAUCUUGAAUCCGGAUAGCAGUAGCUCUAGUCUGCAUCAGCGCAAAGUCAAAUAA